UUCUCCACCCAGCUGUAGAUCAGGAUACAUGAAUGCUGGGAAGGAGGGUAGUGACAGAAAUAAGAGAGAGGGAGAGGGGGUGAGAGAGAAGGAGAGAGAGGAAAAGGCAAGACAUAGUAGGACAGAGUGUGUUGGAGGGCAGCAUACUGUAGCAUACUGCUGUGUUGUGAUUAUGAAGUGAGCAUGGAGCAGCAGAACCAAAACAACAGGAGAAGAGGACACAAUGAGAGCACAGCCUGGCUUUAUGCCUGAUCGAUAAAAGGUAGAUUAGUUCAGAAUCUGAGCAUUAGAAAAGAGGGCUCAUUAAGCAGCACUGCUUUGCAGAACUGACUGUCUGCAGGCUCCUUUGAGUUUGAAUUCUAACAAGGGAUUUAAGAUAAGAAGACAAAGUCACUCCAAGCGUUGAGGACCUCUGAGGACAUAAAGCAGAGAGCAGAAAACUAUCUCCUGACAUUUGGACUCAACAAAACAAGACAUCUUGCAGCAGGAUCAAACAAACACUCAGACGGAUGUAAUGGUGUGGAAACACUACAGCUCUCUCAAAUUAUCAGACUUUUGAGUCUCGCAGACAAGGGAUGGGGAGACGAGCGGCUGACCUGACAACUCCGGUUCCAGUUUUAGGUGUCCCUGCGCUGGUGGGAGUGCGUGGUUGGAGAACAACAGCAGGAGACAGAACUGGAGGAGCCCUUCUCCAGACAUGGGGAACUCAGUGCAGUGUCGCUGUUCAGACGUCCCCAGGGAUAAGCAGACCACCUACUGAACACAGUGUACAGCUAAAUGAUGCACUCUCUACACCAUCAGAUAACAUUACUCAAACACCCAACAGCUAUAUUAUCAAGGAAACUGAGUACAAAGAGAUAUUACUGCUAGCAAAGAGUGACAAGGAGAAAAGGGCUAUUUUAAAACAGAAAAGUGGGGAAUCCAAGACCAAAAAAGAAGUGACUUUCAAAGCACUUGGAGGUGAGGCCUCUAAGGAUGUGACCUGCAGUCAGAGGAACAGUACCGGGACUUAUUGCUAUGCCAGGGCAAUCAAGACCAAUCCACACUUUGCAGGGAAUGUGACCAGUGUCAAGCCUAAACUGAAAUCUGCUGUCCGAUAUAACAAUGGCAGCGUGGUUGAUUCAGAGGCGAUUGGUGGAAUUAGCAUUGAUAAUGAUGAAGCAGAGUCUGCAAAGAGUGAAACCUAUCACAGAAGAGACCAAACCAGACUGCAAGGUCAUUAUGCAGAGCAGUGUGGGAAGACGCCACUGUUAUCUGCCACCCGACCUUUUGGUAUGCCACAAAAAAUAUGCAGCCAUUGUGGUGGGAGACAGUCUGUAACUACAGGAGUUGUCACUUUGGGGGAAAAAAGCUCUGCUCCUGAUGCCUCCCUUGGAGAAAAGAGCUUCACCUCGCCGUCGACUACUACACAUUUCCAGAUGCCCCAUACUAGCCAUCGUGAAGUCUCAAAGAACAUCUUAAACAGAGACAAAAGGACCCUUACUACAGUCAAUCCACAACUGCUAAGUCUCAGUGAAGAACUAAGGUAUCGAAAAACACCACAUCCAGCAUGCCCAGUGCACUCUAAGAGCAAUUUGGUCACUUUAUUGCAGACACCUGCUGCCAGUGAUGCAACAUCCACCCAACCCACCACCAUCCUACAUGCCAAAACCAUCACUGUCACUAAAGCAACUAUUGAAACAAGACAAGAUAACUCCAGCACAGAAUCUUCCUUAAACCCAUCACAUAAUGGUGAGAUUCCGCAAUCAACAAGUCUGAUAUUGACUCCGCAGAUGGCCACGGCUACCAAGCCAAACAUCCCACAUUCACACACUUAUCCUAAGCACCUCAAAAUACCACAACACAUCUCGACACAACAUAAUGUGCCUCACAAUGUAUAUGUAUCUGUACAUGAUACACCAGAAAAAACUCUGUCGCCACCACCUUCUUAUUUGUACACUACAGCCAUAGGACAUGGAAACACAUCCAUUACCAACACACACAAAACAACCAUGACCUUUGAUACUGCACAGAUGACCACUGAAAGUAUACUCGCUAAAGCAACUGAUGCUGAAAAUGAAAACAUUCACUCAACACAUACGGUACGGAGCUUCGCAACAAAUACAACUAAUAGCCCACAAAUGACCCUUAAAUGUCCCACCACAUCUACGGCAGUCAGUGCAGCAGAUCCCACUUCUCAACAGAGAAACACUGCACAAUCUGCACCUGCAAGUUCUCUGUGUACUCCACCUGAUCAUAAACCACAAGAGAAGUCCUCCUUAAACACUGACAGCAGGCCACCAAAUCAUGAGUCUUUUAUUGACACUACAACAAACUCACCUGGAUUCCCCAAACUCUCCCCACAUAUAACAACACCACAUCCCCCUCUUGGCACUGUUGUCCCACAGAGCAUUUUGAUUCAUAACUCUAAUCCAGAGCAAGCCACACAUACCAGUACUAAACAUACAUCUGUGGAAAAACAGAUUCAUCCAAUUUCUAAAGCAUCUCUGAACAGAACUCCCAAUGCAACAAAACCCCUAGACUCAAGAGCCAGGUUGUUUUCAAGUGCAGCCACCAAUUCCACAUCUACAUGUAGCAGCACACUAUACAAAAAUAUAGCCCUCAGGAACUCCUCAACUAAUCUAAAAAAUCCACCACCCACAGCCACCGCCUCUUCAUCUACAUUGACGGAAAACCAAAGAAAUGUCUGUGUAUCGGGUACAACUUCACUUCAAUCAGACACAACACAACACAGCAGAGAUCUCAGUCGUAACGAAAAAGCCUGCACAAAUCAAGCUGGCCACAUACAAACAGCAGACAGCCAAAGUCAAACCAGCAAUGCAUCGGGUUUAUGUGGUGCUGUUUCCAGUCAGGAAAGCUCCGCACCAAAUCCAGCUGCAACAUCUGAGCUGCUAGAUGUGUCAAAACAUAAUUACAGAAGCAGUGAUGCAAGCAGUCCUGAAUCAACCAUUGUUCCCAAUACUGACUCAUACACUGAUAAAAACAAAUUCAGUGGUAAUCUAAUCAAUGAAUUAGUCGUGUAUGAGUCAAAACACCAUGACCAUCCAAAUCUGUCACAGGUCACUAGCCUUCAGAAUUACAUUUCCCUAAUUAAGUCAAGCAGCUCUUGUCUGCAGGGUUGUAUAAACACAGAACAACAAAGGCUUUCACAUUAUCAAGGAUACACAGAAACACAACAUGAGGGACACUGUGUUACAUGCCCACCAGUAAAAACAAGCCAGGAGACAGAUUCAAAUACAGAAAUGUUUGCCACAGGCAUAUCAGUCAGGCAUGCAAAUAUUAAGCUUAAAUCCAAUCCAGAUAAACUGACAUAUCCCAGUAACCCAACACCCUUUGUCAUAACACAAACAAACUCUGAGCCCAUUAUCUCAUCAAUGGAAAACACUGGUGCACAUGUCCUCCCCAUCACUGAAUCUGAAUCUUCAGUCCAUCAAAACUCCAAUUCAGGUACUCCAUCUCUACCACAAGCACACACAAUUCCAGAGCUUUCUUUCCCUGCAUCAGUCCCUUUUAACAGCAAGGUAGAGCUUUGUGCACACACAGGCCCUGAAUGUAACUCCAUAUUGCCGUCAUCAACAAUGCACUCGGCGUCCCUUCCACGCCUCCAGUCCUGCGAGGCGGAAGCAAUCGUCAGACUGGAUUCAAAGUUUAGCCGUGCUCGCCCUCAGUCGUGCCCAGAGGACACCAGCCUGGCUCACUCCCACCCAGCUGAUGCAGCCCUGUUGCUGCCUCCUUCCCCACAGUGCUGCAAAUCAGCAACCCUACAGCAGAGGCUCGAGACUGUGGAGGCCAGCCUGGCAGCCAACAAGGACAGGAUCACUACUCUGCUUAACAUUAUCCAUGACCUGGAGACGUGCCACACUCCAACCAGGAGUCGGCGAUGCUACAAAACUGGACAGGACCUCAAAAACUGCUCAACCUGCCAGAAGACUGCUUGCAUUGUCUACAGUGUGGAGUAUGACUUCAGGCAGCAGGAAAGACGCUUCUUGGAGGUUCUGAAUCAUUCAGCGAGAAGAAAUAAUGCUUUCUCCAUGCACCUGUCUCAGCCCCUGAACUUUAGCCUGCUCAGAAAUGUCAUCAUUAAGAACUUCACAAAGUCAAAGGUGAAAAGCAAAAAGUUGUGCAAGACCCUGUUCAAAUGGCUGCCCAGGAAAAUCCAGCAAGUGUAGACCUCUUUACAAUACCUGUGUGUGAUUUAAUAGCCAUAAGCCUGUGUUACAAUUGACCAGCAGACGCCUUUGCAGAGGACUCUUACUAUUCCCUUCCAUCCCAUGCAAUGAGAUUACUUUAAAUUAGAGUCUUACCCCAUAGAGUUCCACUCUCCUGCACAUUGUCAAAGCUGAUAAGCAGGAUUCUGUACUCAAAUCCGCCUCUUCAGCGAGUAUCAACUAUAAGGAAUUCUUUAUUUCACUUUUGAAACUUAAUGUUUUUCGUUGAUUAUGUUGCCUGCAUAAAAUGUAUGGUUAACCGCAGCCACAGAUUCUGUUCUCUUUGCACUAUUAAAAUGAAUGCACUGAGUUUCAGUUGAUGGUACAUUUCCCUUUGAGUUGUCCUCUUACUUGCUUCUCCUCAGACUAAAUGUUCAAUAUAAAACAAGUUUUUGAAUGGAAUCAUUUUGAAAUGCAAAAAUAAAAGAUUAUUUACUGA